AGAGGAGUCAGGAGAGCAGUGGGUAGUGAGAAGGUGGAACAGGAGCCGACAGACAGGACAGCUUCAGCCCCAGCCCAUCCUUCCUGCAUUAUGGGUCCCCAGACAGGCCUGCCCUGGACAAUUCUGCUCCUGUUCUUCCUGCACUUGUUACUGGCAGGAGGUCUAGCUCACCCACUGGUCGGGCUCGACCAGGACCAGGCUUCGGAUCAAUUGGGAACACAGGAGCUGUUGCAUCAUCCUGGAGACGGGGUCUGGGAGACACAGACAGAGCAGAUGAUCCCAGGCCCGCUCUUACCAGACAGAGAACCUGCAGAAUGCUGUCAGGGAAAAGCAGCCCCCAAAAGCAGCCUCCAGGGCUUUAGGGGACUCCAAACGCCCAAGGUGAUGCAAGGCUCCAGUUGCUUCGGGAGGAGGAUAGAUCGGAUUGGUUCUGUCAGUGGCCUGGGCUGCAAAGUGCAGAGGCGUCCUUAGGAGGAAGUCCUGGCCACAGGCAUCUGCUUCAGAUUCCUCAAGGGCUCCAUGCCCAACCUCAUGACCUUCUUUGACUUCUAUUUAUUAAUUUAUUUUGAUUUAUAUAUUUGAUUAUUUUCUACAAAAUGGCUUCUCACCUUUGAGCAAAUACUUUCCACAAUGAAAUAAAAUCAACAAUACUGCACUUUC